GGCAACAAUGUGUGUGUGUUGCGCGUGGCGGCGGUGUUGGCAACAGUGACCACAAACAUACACUGUCCCAAGGAGGUGUCUUGUUCACUAUUUUUUUUUUAAUUUGAUAUUUUUUCAGUAUCUAAAGAUGUCUGUUGGCAAGAUUAUACUUAAAUCAACAACAAGGAUGUCCCUAAACGACCGAUUCACGGUGCUGCGUCAGGAGAAGCCAACGGGUCAAGGUCAAGCAGCCUUGGGUUUAGAGGACAGACGGCAACAGACUCAAGCAUCACGACGCAAUCAACGGUUAGCAGCACAAAUGGAGCGUCGACCUGCAGUUGUAGCAGCUUUGAAGCUAAAGAAGAAAAGUGUCGAGCAACGUCUUAAUGGUCCACGACCACUGUCAGUGAAGCAGCGGCUAGCGGUGAAAGGGCGGUUAAGUGUGCCUGAUGAAGCUGGAAUGGGGUCCUUGAUCACACGAGGACGUGGAGGCCUAAGAGGACUUCGGGGAUCCAACUUUAGAGGAGCAACCUUCCGGGGUGCAGUUUCAAGAGGUGGACGUGGAGGAGCAAUUGGAUUAAGAGGUCGUGGUGCCAUUACUGGAGGCCGUGGUACCAUUACUGGAGGUCGAGGUGCCCUUACUGGAGGUCGUGGAAUUGGACGUGGAGGCAGAGGUGGGAGGUUUUUGAGAGGUCGAGGAGGCCGAGGCAUGUUUCAGGGACGUGGAGGUACCAGGGGUGGAGUUCGUGGCCGAGGCUUUGCCGCUGGCCAAGGACGUGGAAUUAAUAGAGGGCGUGGCCGUGGAGGGCGCAUAAACCGAGGGGGACGUGGGAGCAGAGGAGCUCGUGGAGGAAUCACUGCUAUCCCUGGGGAAAACUGGACUCGUGAACAACUGGAUCAGCAGCUGGAUGAGUACAUGAGCAAGACUAAGACUGCCCUUGACUCAGAGCUUGAUCAGUACAUGAAAGAUACCCAAGUGUAAACAUAGGUUAUAUCAAAGCCAAAUAUUAUCUUGCCUGAAAUGAGUUUUAAUUCUCAUUGUCUCUUUGAGAAUGAAUUGGAAUUUUUUCUUGCAAGACUUCAUUGUUUUAUAAAUUAGUGGAUGUCUUGCACCUGUUCAAAGUGAUUGCUAUAGAAUUUAUAUAGUAAUCCUUGAGUUGAAGCAGUUAGCAGGCACAGCAUAGUGGUGAAAAUACCAUAUUCCUCCAAAAUUUUGACUAAAUAGUUAUAUUUUUUAUAUUCUAAUAUCUGCCAGUGCUGGUAGUGCUUUAGUUUCUUAAUGUAUGUAUUAAUAUUGUAAAUUCUAAAAGAAAAUUUUUACAGUGAAACCCAGUCCUCGGAUGAAUGAAUGGACCCUUAUGCUCAAUAACAUAAAUUUUCUCAAGAACUAGAUUUAAACUUUGCUUCUAGUGGUAGUUCAUUUUGAGAAAAAUGACUGCAGUUAGUUCACUCCCCAGACAACACAUGUACAAACACAAACACUUUUCUAAACUCUUGUGUGCUUGUUCACGUGUUUACUCAGUGUGUACACACUUAGUGAACAGUCAUUAUAUACAUGCACAUCCAUUUAGAAUUAUAAUGUGUGCAUGAAAAAGGACUUUGCUGUAGCUUAGAAAAUGGUCUGGAGUUUGUUUAUGCUUUAGUAAUUUUUAUAGUUUAAAAUUGUCUUAUUGUACAGUUGUCAGUUCCUUAGUCUGUUAUUCUAGUGUAGCAGUAUGGAUUAAAAAGGACUACUAUGCAGAUGAGUAGUGAAUGUGCUACUUUUAUUGCAUAUCACAUUUCUUUUUAUUUAUUACAGGAGUCCUGAUAUUUUUAUUAUUCAUUAUAAAAUAUUUUGUUGUAUUAAGUAUGCACAAUAUUUUUUCACAUUGGAAAUUCAUUUGUUAGACAUUGAAUUAGAGCAGUAAAAUUAAUUCAUAGUACUGUCAUGUAUCUUAAAAGGUUUGAUUUUUAGUGUAAUUGUUUUGUACAGUUUAAAGACACUUUUUCUUUCACUGCACAGUACAGUCUUGAUUUUUGAUUGCCAAUCAUGUAAAUCAAGAAGAGAAUGCUAUUUUCAGUAAAAGUCAGUUACUAUCCAAGAUAUUAUGUGAGUAGUAUUAACACCUGUGGCAUUUGUAAACAAAUUUUUUUUAUGUGAAGAGAAUAGAAAAGUUUGCUUAAUAGAUUUCAGUAUAUAAGAAAUAUUUCAUUGCUGAUGCCACGAAUGACCAUAAAUCCUGAAUGGUGUAAUAAUAUUUUUUGCCUAGUAACUGAAGUAAUUAAGUUUUGAAAUAGUUGAUGGAAUAGGGAUGGAAUAACAAAUUACAGUAAAUGUUAAUAGAGCUUAUACUAGUCACAUGUACUAUAUUAAAGCUUUUUUCUAUUUUCACUACUUGAGAUUUGUUUUAGAAACCUUGUAAAGCCAUUCUGCAAAAACUGUAUUUUUUAGAUAUUGUUUUCUUUGAAUAUUGUAUUAUGUUCAUCAGUAAUUUAUAAUUCCAUUUGUAUUAAUGUUUACAAAAGAUUGUGAAAUUUGAUCUAUACAUUUGUUCAUGUAUCAUUUUAUAAUUCACUUGUAUAAUAUUGGCAUUCAAUUAGGCUAAUACUUUGACUUUAAAAUUGGUAUUAGAAUAAAAGCAUGCCUGGUAUAUAGAACCCUUGAAGAGUUUUAUACAUAAAAAGCUGAUAUUAUACUAUGGAAAUAAAGACUUGAAUUAAAAGUUUUUGUACAAUAUUGUACAUGAUAACAUUAAUCAUAAACAACUUUGCUGCAAGUAAAUUUGUGACAGGUUAACUGGAUUAUAAACAUUCUUUGUCAUAAAUAGUGAUUAUAUAAACUUUUCAUUAUUACCUUGGGAGGCAUACUUGUCAAGAAUAGGGAAGGGCUAAUAAAUGAUAAAAUAUUUAAUUUAGACUUCUCAAGGCAGAAAUAAGGAAAAAUUAAAUUGGUCCUCAAAGUAA